UAUAACUAGUAAGGGACCUCUUAACUGUGCACUCUGAAAAACUUAUCUUAAAUGUGAGACCGAGUUUUCAAAAUCAUGGGACAUUCAAAAGUGCUCAUGCUUUGUUGCAUGAUGAUGGUUGUUUUUCCAGUGACUUGUCAUGGAAGUAAAAUAUUAAUGUAUCCUGUUGAUGCAGGCUACAAUAGCAGACUUAUGAACAUGUUUAAACUCGGCAGAAUGCUCAUUAAGGCCAACCACCAGAUCACAUUUGUUGUUUCCGAGAGAAUGAAAGAAGAUGCUUUGUUUAAAUUGGCAGAGGGAGGAAAAGUGGAUUCAAACCUCAAUGUAAUCAGCUAUAUUACUCCACCAGUGGAUCCGACACUAAUGCACUUGAGUACUGAGAACCAGGACUUUCUUGAUGCAUUGAUCGUUAAGGACUUUGCACAGUCUCUCAAUUUAUAUGCUCCAGCAUCAAGAAUGGCUUUAAAGAGCAACCUUGAGGAUGAAACUGUCAUUGGCCAUUUAUAUGCAAAACAGUUUGACCUUAUUAUCGCGGAUGAAUUUGUGCUUUGCCCAAGAAUCAUUGCUGCAGAUAGAAACAUUCCGAUCAUUUUGUAUUCCAACUGGGGCCCAAUGUCUAUUGAUUCUGAUAUCAUUCCAAGGUACAGCCUAGCAUAUGUUAAUGCAAAUUUCAAUAGAUUCAGUGAUGUUAUGACAUUUCUACAAAGACUUGAAAAUAGUGCUUGCAACGGUAAUGGAUCUCACUGCCGGUAAAUUUCACCUCCAUUACCUUACCGUUACCGAUAAUCGUUGAUACUGAUAAUGUUCCUAAAAUCCCGGGGAAAAAUCUGAAAGUGAAACUAAAAUAUUUGGAAAAAUCCUUAACGAAGCCGAUUUCUCAGCUUGAUUUCCCG